GCAACCCUAUCCAUUCGUCCGUCCGCCCUCGCCUUCCCCAACCAGCCGCCGCAGCGGUCUCCCUCUUCCUCAGGAACCCUAGCCGCCCCCUCCCCUUGAUUCCCUUCCAACCACCGCAUCCCGGCCUCGUAGGGCCAGCGCCGCGCGUGCAGAUCCACGCUCUCGGGUGGCCGGUCGACCCGAUGGACAGCUCGGACGGCGAGGCUUUCAAUGGCGGCGGCGGGUAUCCGAACCAAGGUGCCCCCUCCCCGAGGGGCUCCGGGUUCCCGGCCGCCUUCAGCACAAUGGAUCUCAACUCCGUCAACCCGUGGCCGGACAUGAACGCCUACGGCACCUACAUCAACUCGGGCCAGGAGGUGAACUCAAUGCAGGCCCCUCCCCCCCUUCGCGUCUCACCUGAGUCGAGAGGAACAAGAUCCGGCGCCCAGGAGCCUCGCAGCGGCGGUGAAGGAGGAGGAACUGCGACGGGCGCGAGGGGCCGGACCCCCACGACUCCCCGAGUCCGCGCCCCCGGCAUCAUCGGCAGCGACAACUUCGACAGCACAUGGAACCCCCCACCGCCUCCACCCCGGGUUCCGUGGACAUCAUCAAAUUGGACCCAGAACAUGUCGAAGAGGACUUCUAUGAGAUGAUGGCAAUGUGCAUGGCAGCCGACGAUGACGAUGAGGACUUCUUCUUGUGUAUGUAUGAAUUUGCAAUGCAUGCUGACAAACAUUUGAGUAGAGCACCUUACAGGCGACCAAAAUUGUCUGGUUUGGAAUGGGUUCAUUUGAAGUUGAACAAUAGACAAUCUUGUUACAACAUGUUUAGAUUGAGCCCGGACAUGUUUUAUAGCCUGCACUCUCUACUGACACAAUCUUAUGGACUCAAAUCUAGUUCAAAAUCAACCUCGAUAGAGGCUCUAGGGAUGUUUCUUUGGAUGCUUGGGUCCCCUCAGUCAGCCAGGCAAGCUGAGGACAGAUUUGAGCGAUCUUUGGGGACAGUAAGCACCAUGUUCAGCAAAGUUUUGAAGAGUGUGCUAAGGCUUGCUGCACACAUCAUAAAGCCUGAUGAUGCACAAUUCAGCACUGUGCAUCCGAGACUUCGCAGCCGUAGGUUCUAUCCAUACUUCACUAAUUGCAUAGGGGCAAUAGAUGGAACUCAUGUACAGUGUGUGGUGUCGAAGAAUCUAUUCGUGCAGCAUUUGUGUCGGAAAGGGACGGCCACACAGAAUGUUAUGGUUGCUUGCGACUUUGACAUGAGGUUUACAUUUGUGCUUAGUGGAUGGCCCGGAUCUGUCCAUGAUAUGAGACCCUUUAAUGAUGCAAUCACAACAUAUAGCCAUGUUUUUCCACAUCCACCGCCAGGAAAAUAUUACUUAGUGGACUCGGGGUAUUGCAACCAGGUGGGAUACCUAGCUCCUUACAAGGGAACCAAGUACCAUCUGCAGGAGUAUAGGAAUGCCGGCCCGCCACAAGACGGAUAUGUGGUCUAUUUGCACUGUACCCGACCAUUGCCAUACCUGUUCGGAGCUUGGCCCUGCCGCCGGCACCGAGGCGGCUCUGUGACAGUGUGGAGCUCGCCGCCGCCGCCGCCGCCGAGCCCGCGGCCCCUGCCUCCGCCCUUUGAGCGCCCUUCUGGGGUAGCACUGGAGCCUAUCGGCUGCUGCGCCCAGCGCUCAUCUGGCGGGAUGCAUGCCGUGCACGCCCACCCUCCCAGCUCCCGUGAUCUCCAUGCCACUAGUUCCUCCGGGCCGAUCUCAAUGGCGCCGUCGCCGUCCCCAAUAGUCCCGUAUCGAGGCUAAUGCCCAAACCUCCUGAACCAGGAUGCAUCUGCCUCCUGGUUGAGCUCUGCCGGGGGCUCGUCCCCCUUAUCCUGUAUUCGUGACUCGUGACUGAGUGGAACCCCGAAGGAAAAAGGUUCGUGGUUCUUUCGAGCAAUUGGAUCGAUUAUGAUUUCACGUGAUAGGGAAAUUGGAAAAUCAAAGAAAAGAUGGCAAUGUCAUGUCUAAGGUUUGAGAAACUAGCAGCAGCAGUUUGGAGUGCAGUUAUCAAAUUGGUGUGGUUCUUAGUUACAAAAAAAAAAAGUUAAUAGAGGGGCAGUGAGCUCUGAUACAUUUCAUUGGAGAAGUCGUUAAGAACCAUUACAAAAGGGAAGUAGAGGACAGAAGAGGAUUGAAAGGAGAACCAAGCACGGAAGGUAAGCAAGGAAGUAUGUGCAGAGGCACAAGCCCAGACCGCUGUCAGCACACUGUAAUCUUGCAACAUUUUUUUCUCGAACACGCAAGAGAGCUGUGUAUCUUUGUAUUAAGAGAAAAUUUCGCAACAUAUUUAGCUCUAGUUUGCACCCACCCCGUCCAUUUCAUCCUUGAGUAGUGGUCUUAAAUCAAGCAUCCAUCAUUUUUUUUGCUUAAAUAAAAAGCCCUUCCACUAUCAGAGCACUAGAAUAAUCCAAUUCCACAUACUUACAUUUGGAAUUUCUUCAAUGAGCUAGUCGUCUAUGGCGCCUUAUAUUGAUUGAUACCGCCAAGGCACCAACUCUGCACCCUAUGCUAGUUAUCUUAUCUCUGCUCCAAGUGUUCUAUUGUAGAGUUUGAUAAACUGUUCAAUUUUUUCUUUGGUAUCACUGGAAUAGCAGUUGGGGCAGAGCUUCAUUGUGGUUAAGGUGGCAUAGCCCCCCUACCCUCCUCUGUUCGUGAAAGCAAUAGCUAAUUUCACUACUUAGAGCAAUUGCUCUAUGUAUGCAAUUCGCUCUUGUUGGCCCCUUUCAAGUCCUCGGCAAGCUCUGCCACUGUUUAUAUACAGCUCCAUUAGCCUUUUGCGCUGCUAGAAGCAGGCUGUUUUGCCAUCCCUGGUAGAGGUGGACUUUGGAUAUUGAAUUCUACGUGCUUGGAUUGAGUAUAAUAGACCAUAGCCACAUCUAAUUGAUAAUAUAUAUAAGAAACUACUAACUAGAAUUGACCAAGAUCUUUAGGCUUCAUUAUAUCAGCACUGCUAACAUGCUGUAAUUCAGCAAACCAUAGUUCAGGGAAACAGCAAGUUUGAUGCAUAUCUGAUUUUGGUCAACAUUGAAUGUUAUACUAAUGUAUACUGUGCUGUAUGCUCAUAUGCUUGCAGCCGAUGAUCUAAUCAGAAACGAUCAGGUGCAAGCAAUUAUUGGGCCUCUGACUUCAGCCGAAGCUGAGUACAUUGCUUACCUUGGGAAUCACGCACUCACUCCAAUCCUCUCACUUGCUCCAGUUUCUGCAGCAUUGGCGCCAUCAUUAACACCAUUCUUUCUGCAUACUGCACCCAUUGCCUCCUCUCAGGCCAAGUUGAUUGCUGCCAUCCUUGCUAUGUUCAAAUGGCGGACAGCCAGCUUAAUCUAUGAAGACUCAACAUAUGGAGCUGGCAUUACCCCGGAGCUUGUAUACACCCUUCAGGGUUACAACACUUGGAUUAUAGAUAGUUUAGCUUUGCCCAUUGAUGCAACUGAGAGCUACUUGGACACAUUAUUAUACUACCAGAAGGAGAAUUCCACACGGGUAUUUAUUGUGCACAUGCUUCCAGACCUUGCUGCUCGCGUCUUCCACCGGGCCAGUGUUGCCUGUUAAGGGUAUAAGAGUAAAUGAGUCAAGGGUAGUUUAGUUUUUUUCUAUUGUCUAGGGUUUGGGUGCUCAUGUACUAUAUAUACCCCAUUUGGGGCUAUCCAAUACAUCCAACAUUUCAGCCUCCAUUCCUAUCUUGUAACAUGGUAUCACAGCUCCAGGUUUC